AUGGAGGCGAGUAUAACUGAACUUAAUGAUGAUUUAAAAUCUGCUUUGAAUGGGUUCAGGGAGGAGAUAUGCUCCCUUCGUGCUGAACAUGAGCGUCUAAAGCAUCAAAAUGCUGAUAUAUCCCAUGAUGUCUCAGAAUUAAAAGCAUCCAUGCAGUUUCUUUCUGGGGAACAAGACGAUUUCAAAAAAAAGUGGACGGCACAAUACAUCAAUCUACCGAACAAUCCAGCCUAA